AUGGAAAGCAAAUUUGCUCAUAAACGCGUAAUAGAACCAAAAUAUAUGAGGAAAAAAGUUGUAUUUGUUGAUCCUGAUGAUCCUUCAGCUUCUUAUUGGUGGCCAGCUUUGGUAGUUCCAAACAAGGAGAUAGAAAUUUUUAAACAAAAAAUGGACUAUGAUGUGCAAUAUCCUGGUGAAGGAGAAAAUCUAGUUUGUUAUUUUGAGGAUGGCUCUUAUUCUGUUGUGGCUGAAAAAGAUCAAAGGCCGUUUGAUCCAAACCUUCCUCCAUAUACUGAGUAUAAAGAAGGAAUAAAUGCUGAAAAAUUUUUAAAAGAUAAAGCGGUAGAACUGGCAACUCAAUACUUUGAAAAAGGAUGUAUCCCAACAACCUUCAAAUGGCUUCGUAAUGAGGAUGUCUUGGUGUCAUCAGCAUCAACAGGAAUUAUUGGUAGUGACAAUAAUCAUGAGUCAGAUAAUACAUAUAAUACAGAUGAAGAUAAGCUCAUUGUCAUAGAAAAAAAUCUUUACACACAUAAAAAGCAUAUACGAAAGGAAAGCUUUAGCAAUGCAUUUACAGAAUCAAACAAUUUGAAUAAAAAGGAGGCAAAUGUUCCUUCUAAAAAAGAUAACGUUGGAUCAAUUAUUAAAAAAGAAAAUAUUCCAGGUUCACAUAAAAGAAGUAUUGGACCAUCAAGUACAUCAAAUUCACGUAAUUCAAAAUCGACAAAAAUUAAAACCUCAUCAAAUGUUAAACGUGCUCCAACUACAAGAGCAAAAACUUGUUCACAUUGUGGUGAAAAAACCAGUUUACGAGAUAAUAGUAAUGGUGAACCAAAGCUUUUUUGUGGAGAAUGUGGUCAAUUGAUGAAUUCAAUUAUUGCAAAUGGAAUACCAAUUAUUGAAAACGAAUAUUAUUGGAAUAAUUUUAUUGAGAAAAAAAGAAAAUAUCCAGCAAGGCUAUGGGGAAGCAAAUCUAAUAAAGUGGAAAUGAAUGUUUUGAAUGGUAUUUUGCCCAUUAAUAAAAGACAAAAAUGGCUAUAUCGCGCCGAAGAAAUGACUCGUGAAGUUAAAAUAGUAUACGGUUCAGAAUGUUGUAAAGAUAUUAUUUUGGAUUUGGAAAUAACAAAUAAUGUUGAAAGAACAAUUCAUCAAACUCUUGGUGGAACUUUCUUUGAAAGUGCGCGAAAACAAAAAAGAAAAAUCAUAGAAAUAGAUGAAGGCUCGAAAAAAUCAUUUAAAAGAACUAUUUCGAUUGAAAGGCUAGCUAAAGUGGAAGAAAAACUAGAACGUCAACGUAAAAAAUUGGAAAAAAAAGCAGAAAAACAAAGAGUCAAGCAAAUUCAACAAAUUAACAAAAAAAAAUUUGAAAAAUUUGAUAUGACACGAGAAUUGAUUGCCGAUAUUGAAGCUUCUUUAAUGGAAGGAACUUUUGGUUCUUUGAUACAAUCUAAUUUAGAAUCAAAAUUUAUAACAAUUAAUACAAUUCAACACAAUAUUUCAAAGAUCAUUAAAUGGAGAAGAAAAGUCAGCGCAGAAUGGGAUGAUGAACUUGAUGCUUUCAUGCCAGUACCUGAAAAAAUUCAUGAUGAUGUUUAUUUAAUGGUUUAUCUUCCAAUUUCAGAACUGGGCAAGAUCAUUGGGCAAAAUUCCAUGAAAGAUUAUCUACAAAAUUUGAAAAAUGCAUUUACUAAUAAAAAGUUGAUUAUUUUAAUAGAAGGUUUUGAAGAAUAUUGCAGAAAGAAAAGAUUACAUCAUAAUCGUAAUUUUACUAAUGCAGUUCGUGCAAAAAUUAAUGAAAAUCAAGAAGAAGAUCAAGAAACAAACGAAACUCAAAAGCACAAGAAAAAACAGCCAGCCAAUAAUAAUAAUUUGGGACCUGAUCCUGAAAAAAUUGAAGAAGAAUUGAUCUGGCUUCAAAUUAUUGGGAAAUGUUCCAUUGUUCACACAAAAGAUAUAAGUGAUACAGUUGAAACUAUAGGUUUAUUCUCAGUAGACAUCUCAACAAUUCCUUACAAGAAUCGAAAUGGAAAUUUGAACUUUUUGAUUGAAGGUCAAAUUCGAACUGGAGUUGAUGCUGGUGAUACAUGGUUACGUAUGUUGCAGGAAAUACAAUUUGUUGCCCCUUCUGUAGCAAAAGGAAUUGUUAAUAAGUAUCCAACAAUCAAGUCAUUGUAUUAUGCAUAUAAACGAUGUAAAGAUAAAGAAGAAGCCGAAAAAUUGUUAACAAGUAUAGAGAUUUCAGGUAUUUGGUUGGGACAAAGAGGUAGAUACAUUAAUAAAUCAAUUUCAAAAAGGGUCUAUGAAAUAUUAAUGGGAAGAAAUCCUAAUAUGGUGAUCUCCUAA